CAACAAACCAGGCCGUCGUGACUGACGGGUGGAGAGAAGAGAGACGGAGCAAGGGUAACGGACAUUUACCGAAAACGUCCACGAGCUCUGCCGACACGGUUCCUGUUUCCUCCUCCACAGUGUUGGAGUGCUGAUGUUGCCGAGACACUAGUCACGUGACCAUGAAAGCUGAGCUGCUUACCCUGUCCAUUCUCCUUGUCCACGUUUCCGGUUUCGCCAUCCGGACACCUCGUCUUGCGCGAAGUGCUUCCGGUGUUGAUGAGAACAGCCUGUCUGAUGCUCUCCGGGUUCUCGAGAGGGAGAAACGCCGACUCGACAACGAGGCUUCAUACCGGGACUGGGAACCUGGUUACUAUGGCAACUGGAACGACGAUGACGACGCCGCUCUAGACGACGAAGUUGACGAUUUGGGCGAAGAUUUUGAUCUGGAGGAUGACGAUGACGGUGUGUCGAGCGACAUUGCGGAGUAUCUGGCCAAUUUACUGACAAGAGAAGAGGCGGAUUCUCAGUAUCUUGGCGAACCCGAUAUGGGCGAGAUUGAUGCAGAAGCCAUGACUGAGGCUCGUGCAGAAAAAGAAGAGCCUGAAAUAAACGUUUUUAGCCCCCAGAGAGUUAGCAUUGAGGAACUUCAGGAUAUAUUUAACGACGAUAAAUUACCUGAAACAAGCAAGAGAAUUAGCCUGAAAUCAAAGAAAUUAGCCAUGAGAAAAAAGAAAACACCGGAAGUGGAAAACUCGUUGCUAGGGGACCGGGAAAGGAUGACGGAAACACUGAAGGCAGAUAAAGAGAAAAACAAAGCCGCAAAGAAAAAGAAAAGCAUAUCUCGUAACAACAUAGACCUCAAACAUUUAAGUCGUUCACAAAUCCAAGAGCUUUUAAAUGAAGUUGACAAAAUAGAGAAACAAGAAGUUUUAGAAAGAGAGAAUUCUAACAAAGACCAAUCUUUCGAGGCUGAAAACACAGAAGAUGUCGAGGGAAGUGAUUCCAAUAUAGAACCAGUGACUGAAGAAGAACUUGCAGACAUUUUAGGCGAUGAUGAUGAUGAAGGUGAUGAGGGUGGUGAAGAAGAGGAAAACUCCGAAGUGGAGAAUUUUGAAAAUGAUGACGGUGAUGAGGGCGAGGAAGCCGAGGAUUUCGAGGACACGGAUGAUGACACGAUUUUACCUGAGGGAGAGGAGAUCAACGAUGAGCUCUUAUCACGUGACAUAUACAGCCGCCCGGACGCAAGAAAGAAACGCGUCGCGAAGAGAAACUACAAAGGCUCAUCAUCUGGCAAUAAAAAUAGGCACUACUCGGCUGAAAUUUCACGGCUUUUGGAGAUAAUAGGCAAGCUUCGUCUGAAAAACUUGAUGGAAAAUAAGGAAAUUGAUAACCUGGCGGAUGCUUUGGAUGUAGCUACCAACUCUCAGACCCGACAAUCUUUGGAAGGGUUGCCAAAGGAACUUAAGUCACUGCAACGGGCGAUUAAAAUCGAAGAGUCACUGCAAGGAGAAAACAGCGAGCUGUCCCCUGAGGACGAACAAUACCUGCGUGACGUCAUCGAGGAACUCAUUAACCAAGGCAACGGAGACGACAGUAAUGACGAGGAAGAAGAACAGAGUUAUGCUCGAGAAGAAACUGAAAAGAGGAGCGGAGCAGAAGAGUUUGUGAACGACUCUGAUGAGAAAGCCGAGGAGGCACCGACGUUUGCCGACAGAAUGGGGCAGUGGUACGAGGAACCCAUUGUCAGUAGAAAACCCAUGGAUCAUGACCUCCGUGACGCCAGUGAUCUCACGGACCAAGAUAUAGCCGAGAAGCUUGAAGAAGAGGAGGAGAACGAAGAAGCCAAUCAAAUUUUAGAGGAUUUAAUAGAUCGAUACCGGGCGGAUGAGGUUCUAGCUUCCGAACCGGAAGUCGAGGAGGACGACGACACGGAUGAAGAAGCGGAAGUGGAGGACUUAUAUCCGGCUGUUGAAUCAAGACUCGAGGAGGAAGAAAGAAGUCCGUCAUCGACUUAUCAGGAUGCCCUCGCCCGCCUGUUUCGUGACGAAGCUGUGGAUGAGGCCACACAAAGGGAAAUUGAGCAAGCUUUGGCACAGUUCCAGCACAACGUGGAGCCAUGGCAGCGACGAGAGCUGGAGAACCGCGUCCGGGCUUAUGAACAAUGCAGCCCAUUGGAUAAUAUCGUGUCGGACUGCCGCCUAGCGGACGAACUCAACAUUCCUAUUGAUGACGAAGCCCGGGAGUUAUGUAGUCGACAUGAGGCCUGUUAUACAUGUGGAAUGGUACUGGGGAAGGCCGCCGGUCAAUGUGACGCCGGCUACCUAGCCGAGGCCUUCCAGUUGUGUGACGGGGCGGAGAAGUGUAACCUGAAAGCCGAUGCCUUCUUAAGACUGCUUCAAUAUUACCACCGAUAUUCGGCCGCUGUGAAUGGCGCAUGUGAGCAUCAGUGCGUGGUGGACUACAUAUACGGCGUGACGCUCUAACGUCACGUGACCAGGCGGCGCGCGCGCUUGCGCACUGCGAGGACAUGUCACAUGACAUGGGCGACUCGGUUCCCUCCGACGCCGACAAGUGAUGUCGUUUACUCCAGACCACCUGAUCUGCAUAUUUAAGAGUUUUUACACACACUGUCAUAUAUAUCCUACAUCUAUGAAUUAGACCAACUGUUUCAAAUCCCACCGACCUUAUUAAAUGUACCGUUCGCAACCCAGAUCUCUCCAAGAUUGCCGACAUGUCAACCGGAUGUUACAGUUGAAUGCAUAAAUUACCGAUCCUUGGGGACUGUUAUGGCUAUGUCUAUAAGAAAAUUAGUGAAACUACCGUUCCUAACGUCACGUGAUUCGUUCGGGCGCUCCCGACUGAGUCCGUUUCAGAGGAGAGUUUAGCAGACAGAGUUUUCUGGUGUACCCUUCCAGAAAAGCUGUAGUGCCCCGCCCCGUCACGGACGUACGACUCAGGAGCGCCUGCGCUGAAAAACGUUGAGGACUGCAUAAUUGUCAGAUUGGUCUAAACAGGUUAACUGUUUAACAGUAGGAUUUUCUACUCAAAUAUUUCCUUGGGUUAGUAUUUGGAACGUGGCAUUUUCACAUCGUGUUUGUUGACGAUUAAGGUCAUUUUUUGGGGGUUGUUCUUUUCUUAACUUAAUAUUUCUUUCGAGUUUGAUUUUGAUUCGCCAUGUUUUCAAGGCUAAACAGAAGGUUCAGUUUGCUUUAAACCAGAGCUUGUAUUGUUCAGUGUAUCAUACCCAACCUCACUGUACUCUUUUCUCAUCGCCCUCUAUUGAUCCUAGUAAUUACCUGUGAACACAUGGCAGAUUGUACUUCCGUUUACACAGACCAGUAAAACAAGCGUAUGAAAAACACUACGCAACUAAUUUUGCAGAGAACACGACUCAAAGCAUGUCCAAAGAAUAAACCAGCGCAUGUUGUUACACCACAACGUUCCAUUACAUAUUCAAAUUUAAUAGAAUUUAUAUAUAUAUGAGAUGAAAUGAGAGCGGUUCUUUAGAACUGUGCAUGAGAAAGGUUCUUUAGAACUGUGCAUGAGAAAGGUUCUUUAGAACUGUGCAUGAGAAAGGUUCUUUAGAAAUGUACAUGAGAACGGUUCUUUAGAACUGCACUUUAGAACGGAUCUUUAGAACUGUGCAUGAGAAAUGUUCUGUAGAACUGUACAUGAGAACGGUUCUUGAGAACUGCACUUUAGAACGGCUCUUUAGAACUGUGUGAACGGUUCCUUAGACUGUGCAUGAGAAGGCUUCUUUAGAACUGUUGUAUUUGAACUGUCGUCUGGGUGUAAUUUGAUGCACUGUCUCCUUGCCGUUACAUCGUGUAUCAGGAUCAUACUGCGUGUGAUCUGUAAUCAGGAGACACCGGACAGUUUUGAAAUCACCACCUGCUUUUGGCACGUCUAGUGUAAUAUGUAUACAGGAUCGCAGUGAGCUCGAAAUUAGAAUGUUACAAUGACAAAACAGUUUGUGUUUAUGGAUUUCAAGGCAUAUACGUGAGGGCAGUCACGUCAGCUCUCAGAGCAGGACAUCUUUACCAUCAGCCCAAAAUUUACUCGAAACCUUUAAGGUCAAAAAAAACAAUUCACCGACACCCUUUUAAUUUUUAUGUUUAAUGCGCGCCUUUGUAGAUGAUGUUUACAAAACAAUGGUAAUUCCCACCGCUCUUGGCCACCAUUUUAACUAAGCGCCAUAUUCACUUCUGGAUCAGAUACUGUUAUUGUUAUGGAUCCUAUAUAGAUGUAUAUUUUUGGCGGGACAUGCGUGCAAUAUAACUGUUCCACGUCGUUGUUGUUGUUGUUGAUACUGGUGAAGACAGAUCCCUCUCAGUGGCUCCAGAAUAUGUAUUCUUUUUAAAAAAUAUCCUUCUUUAUUUCUGUCAUGCUUGACUGGUUCAUUGCUUCUGUAGUUUUGAUCAAUAAAAAAUCGAAUAAUUUUUCGUUCAA